UAUACAUAUAUACAUACAUAUAUUUUCUUAAUUUAUCUGUUAUUCAAAUAUUUCAUUAAGUAUAUUCAGUUUUAAUUUAUUCUUCACUGAAGAACAAUCACUGGAAAUAUAAAAAGUUUUGUCAGGAACGAAUCUUCAUUUAUGUUCAAAUUUUAAAACAAAGUAUGACCAUUCCGGUGAAGCAAAUUAAUGAUGCUGAAUUACCUACUCAAACUUCAUCGUCAAUUAAUUUUGAAGAUGUCUUAGCAGAGACAAAAUUGGGAAAAUUUAAUUAUGUUGUGAUAAUUGUAUCAGGACUUGUUUUGGCAACUACUUUAAUAGAAACUCUUGGUAUAAGUUAUGUAUUACCAGUUUCAAAUUGUGAUAUAAUGUUAACAACAACUGAAAAAGGAUUAAUUAAAUCAAUUGGUUUUAUUGGUAUAAUAAUAAGUUCACAUUUUUGGGGAUUUUUAGCUGAUACAUCUGGUAGACGUAAAAUUAUGGCACCAGCUUUAUUUAGUGCAUUUAUUUUUGCUGUUAUAUCCAGUUUUUGUACAAAUUUUUGGAUGCUAAUUAUAUUCAGAUUUUUCACAUGUUUUUUUAUAUCAGCGGGAUCUGCUACAAUAUACGCUUAUGUUGGAGAAUUUCAUUGUAAUAAAUUGCGAAGUAAAGCAAUUAUGGCUGCAUCAACAUUAUUUGGUAUAGGAGCUACUUGUUUACCAUUAUUGCCAUGGUUAAUUUUAAAUGAAAAAUGGUCCAUCGAAAUUGAUGCAAUUAACAUUACGUAUAAACCAUGGAGAUUACUUAUUAUAAUAUAUGCAAUACCAGAUUUAAUUUGUUCAAUUCUUUUAUGGAUAUUACCUGAAAGCCCGAAAUUCCUUUUAUCAAUUGGCAAAAAGGAAGAAACUUUAAGUGUAUUAAGGACAAUGUAUAGUUUUAAUACAGGAAAAAGUAAACAUGAUUUUCCAGUUAAUACAUUAGAAAGAUGCUUUGAAAAAAAUCACACAAUAAAAAAACUACCGCCCUCAUUAAAUCCAGUAAUUAAAUUGCUUAAAAUAAUUCAAAGUCAAACUACACCAUUAUUUUCAAUUAAAUAUUUAAAAUCAACUUUACUUGCAUCCACUAUGCAAUUUAUAAUAUUCUUUACAAUGCAAGGCUUAUAUGUUUGGUAUCCAUACAUUUUAAAUACUUUGAAUGAGUUUGAAAAAAUUAAUCCAAAUAAUUCAUCAUUAAUUUGUGAAAUAAUGUCUUUUAAAGAGAAUAAGAUCAUCUUUAACGGAUAUCAGAAAGAUUCAGAAAUAAAAUGUCAGGAAGAUUUUGAAAUUAAAACUUAUAUUACUUCACUUAUACUAGAAAUUUUUUAUGUAGUUGGUUUUACGGUUAUUGGUUUUUCGAUCAAUAUCAUAGGAAAAACUUAUAUUUUAUUAAUAAUUUUAUCAAUAUGUGGUAUAUCUGGACUAUUAUGCAAUUUUAUAACAUCUCCUACUAUAUCAGGUUAUUUUUAUACAAUUUUAUUAGCUGGUGGAAUAACAGUCCCAGUUGUUAAUGCUGCCACAGUUGACUUAUAUCCAACAAAUUUAAGAGCAAUGGCUGUUUCCAUAUCAUUAAUGUUUGGACGUUUAGGAAGUGUAGCAGGAUCAAAUAUGGUCGGUUUUCUUUUAAAUGUAAAUUGUAGGAUGGUAUUUUACAUAUCUGGUUGUUCUCUACUUAUAGCUGCUUUUUUUGGUUUUUUUAUACCAAAACCGAAAGAAAAUAUUGUGAUAUGAUAUUUAUAUUAAUGAAUUAAAAUUAGGGAAAUCAAAUUUCGUUAAGAUUGAACAUAUAUUCAUAAAAACUAAAAUUAAAAUGAAUUAUAAAUAGCUUUACUAACUAAUUUAA